GGCUCAGUGGACGCGUUUCGACGCCAUGUGCUUUCUCAUGUACCCGUACCAGUCCACACAUCGAACAAACCUUGGAUUGUGAAGGAGCUUCGACCUGUGCAGAGACGCCCAACCUUGAGCGCACAUCGGCCAUUACCUACUGCAUCGGAGUGUGGUACUCGUCGGGCUCGCGCCAGAUCGCAGGUUUUCGCAACUACUACGACACGUGCCUCCGGUGAGGGCAACAAGGCGCCCCCAGGCAUCCUCGCCAGCGUCUGGGAGCAUUGGCAACGACGGCAAGCGCGGGCCCACAGGUCCAGCAGCUGCCCCGCCAAGGACGAAGCGAGGGGGCAAGAGCCUCAACCAGGGCGAGAAGAAACACAUGGGCAUCCAGGUUCAGGACAAGGGAUUCUGCGAGCCGCUCCCCCCGCUACUCAAGCAGGUGCGGAAGAAGAACCCCGACAUGCCACUACUGGGGCCUCUCUAUACUCUGAUGUUCGGCGUGCUCCUGGUCGGCCUGGCAGAGAUACACGAGGUCGGAAGCGCCAACGUGGCGCAUCUCAAGAAGACGGUGGGGGACUUCAACUGCUGCGAGAAGGUCGAGGAGGCGGCGCAGCUCAUCAGGGCAUGCAGGAUCACCAAGACGGCGAAGGAUGACCAGGCCAAACUCAUCUUGGGCGAGAAGCGCUAUCCCGUGACCGUCACGCGCCAGCUCGAAGCACGGCAUUUACGGGGCGUGCCUGGAUACAUGGAGGAGCUACAGGAAUGGACUGAAUGGUUGGUGAAUCAAUAGAGCUGACGAGUGAGGCACGUGACAUUUGCAGUGAGUUUUUUUGGGCUGCUCCGCCUCGUGCACACAUCUCUCAUCUUGUGUACGUAAUCUUCUUGCCUGUCCUCACGCAGCGGCUGUGGAUGACUUGUGUUCAGAUCUUUGGUCGGCGGCGGUGCGCCCCGCCGAUCGCGCGCUGUGCGGGGCAGAUUGAGCUGCUCCACCACGUGCGCGUAGCGCACGGCGGCAUCAUACGCGGUCUCCGCGGGCAGAGGGCUCGACCUCCCCUUUCCGCUUUCACCCUCCCCUUGAGCCCCGAC